UGGGGAGCAAAGCGGGAGAAGAUGACCCAGAAGAGACCUCGAAGAAACAUCACUAUAUGCUAACUUCUAUUCAUGGUGGAAGAGGUGAGGAGGCUAAGGCAUCUCAUGUGUACAGUUGUACGAAUGGUUUUAAUGGGUUCGCUGCAAAGCUGACACCGGACCAGGCCACUGAAAUUGCUAAAAUGCCCGCAGUGGUAUAUGUAUUUCCCAAUGCCAAGAGGAUCCUUCAUACAACCCGUUCCUGGGACUUCUUGGGCCUUGGCGUCCAAGAAACUAUGGAAGUUCCUAGCUUUUCCACCGAGAACCAAGUUAAUGUUAUUAUCGGCUUUAGUGAUACAGGGAUUUGGCCUGAAUCACCCAGUUUCAGUGAUGCUGACAUGCCACAGGUGCC